UGUCUUCUCUUCAUUGCGUCUAGAUAUUGCCGACGAGUGAACUGGUAACAAAGAUCUGACAAUGGAACAAACUUUCAUCAUGAUCAAGCCCGACGGCGUCCAGAGGGGUCUGGUCGGUGAAAUCAUCUGCAGAUUCGAAAAGAAGGGUUUCACUUUGAAAGGUCUGAAGCUGAUCACUGUGGACCGUCCUUUUGCUGAGAAACACUACCAAGACUUGUCUGCCAAGCCUUUCUUCAGUAGCCUUGUUGAUUACAUAAUCUCUGGUCCAGUCGUUGCUAUGAUCUGGGAGGGGAAGAACGUUGUUUUGACAGGAAGGAAGAUCAUUGGAGCAACUAACCCUGCGGCUUCUGAACCAGGAACCAUCCGUGGGGAUUUUGCUAUUGACAUUGGCAGGAACGUGAUCCAUGGGAGCGACUCAGUGGAGAGUGCUAACAAGGAAGCUGCUUUGUGGUUCCCUGACGGACCUGUGAACUGGCAGAGCAGCCUUCAUUCUUGGAUCUACGAAUGAUUCUGACGCGUGUGGUUGUUUGUUACCCUUUUUAUCCUUUGGUUAUGAAUCGAAACAUGUCUCUCCGUUUGUUACCUUUUUUUGCUUGUCUUCUUCCGUUUGCUUGUCUCCAAGAAAGCCUAUCGAUUUUCGUUGUCAGUUGUAUCACCGAUAUCUGAGUUGACAUCUUUUAUUUUGCACUAGGUGUAGUUGGAACAUAAGUUACUCUGUUUUAGGUGAA